CUAGUAGUUACUUUACGUUCAAAACCGUCGCGCUCUUAUGACGUAAACGUCGUGACACGCACGUUAUUUCCCAGCGCCAUUCGAAAAUACACGUGUGGAAAGUAUAUUUACUGGGAUACAAAUAAAAAGCAGGGAAAAAAUGAGUGGGGACGUAGAGCGCAUGUUAAUCCAGUUUCAGGAUGAAGGUGGCGAGCCUCUUGGAUCUCCCUUUGAUGUGCCCAUGAACAUAACCCCGGAUAAGCUACAGCUGGUCUGUAAUGCGCUGCUACAGAAGGAAGAGCCGGUGCCACUGCUGUUCUUCGUGCAUGAUGCUGAGGUGGUGUCAUCCCUCGGGGCUUGUGUGCAGACUCUGAGUAUUGAAACAGAACAUGUGCUGCCCGUGGUGUACCAACCCCAGGCUGUGUUCCGCGUGAGGGCUGUGGCUCGCUGCACCAGUUCGCUGGAGGGCCACACCGAGGCCGUCAUCUCAGUGGCCUUCAGUCCUACAGGGAAAUACCUGGCUAGUGGUUCUGGAGACACAACUGUGAGAUUUUGGGAUCUGACCACAGAGACUCCUCAUCACACUGCCAAAGGACACUCACACUGGGUUCUAUCCAUCGCCUGGUCUCCCAACGGCAAAAAGUUGGCAUCAGGGUGUAAGAACAGUCAAAUUAUACUGUGGGACCCAGUAACUGGACAGCAAUUAGGAAAGACUCUGACCGGACACACGAAAUGGAUCACUUGGCUGUGUUGGGAGCCAUUGCACCUGAACCCUGAGUGCCGGUACUUGGCUAGUUCCUCUAAAGACGGUUCAGUUCGGAUAUGGGACACGGUGCUGGGCCGCUGCGACAAGAUCCUGACAGGCCACACUCAGUCAGUGACUUGUGUUAAAUGGGGAGGGGAUGGUCUUUUGUAUACUUCAUCCCAGGACCGGACUAUUAAAGUCUGGAGAGCCAAAGAUGGGGUUCAAUGUCGGACCUUACAAGGUCAUGCUCACUGGGUGAACACGCUAGCCCUCAGCACCGACUACGUCCUCCGUACUGGAGCCUUCGAACCAGCCACUGCUACCAUCAACCCCCAGGACCUUACUGGCUCAUUGGAGGAAAUCAAAGACAGAGCAUUGCAGCGAUACAAGAAAGUCAGAGGUGAGGCUCCUGAAAGAUUGGUGUCAGGUUCUGAUGACUUCACACUGUUCCUCUGGAAUCCAGCAGAGGAGAAGAAGCCUGUGGCUCGUAUGACUGGACACCAGGCUCUGGUCAAUGAGGUGCUCUUUUCCCCUGACACCCGACUGCUCGCAAGUGCUUCUUUUGACAAGUCGAUCAAGAUAUGGGAUGGCAGGACUGGCAAGUAUUUAACGUCACUCCGUGGUCACGUUGCCGCCGUGUAUCAGGUUGCGUGGUCGGCAGACAGCCGUCUGUUGGUAAGCGGGAGCAGUGACAGCACACUCAAGGUGUGGGAUGUGAAAACUGGCAAACUGAGUGUGGAUCUGCCGGGGCAUGCUGACGAGGUUUUCGCUGUAGAUUGGAGUCCUGAUGGUCAGCGAGUCGCCAGUGGCGGGAAAGACAAAUGUCUAAGGAUAUGGCGGAGGUAGCUGAUGCAAGAGCCUGCCCCAACACUGGACAUUUACCAGCCAAUUAGGCAGGCACUUCAGUGCACCAGCCUUCAGCAAUCAAAUCCUCGUCUAAAAGGAUGACUGACAGCUGUCUCAGUUUGAGCCUUAACCUAAUUACCCAGUGCCCCAGUGUGUAAUCUGAGUCAGCUAAAAGGUACUGACAGUUGAUGCCGUGGUGGUGAGCCUGAGAAAUGCACGGUCAUAGUGUCUUCUUAGCUUAAGGAAAUUUGGCAGGAUCGGCCAUGUACACUCUCAGCAAUUGACCUGAUUUCUGUAUCCCCACAUAACCUGAAGCUGAAUAUAGAGUUCUCCAUUUAUCCUAUUUGAAGCCCGAUUUAUUAAACGGUAUAUUAAACUAUUUUAAAAAAAAAGUGAAUAAAAUUUCUUUUGUCAAGA